AUGGAGCGCGAGACCCACAGUGAUAAUGAUCAUCACAUCAUCGACAUUCCCAACGGUGACGAUUCUUUAUAUGACGAAAGCUAUUCUUCAGCAAGAUCGUCUCUGUCGUCUACGCAUAAUGAUCAGGACAUCAUCAACAUGCUGAACGAUGACGAUUCUUCAUCAAUAUCGUCUCUGCCUACGGAUGAGGAAACGUCUACGAGUGGCUGUGAUUCUCGUAAUCUUGGGAAUUCAGUGGAAUUAGUCUUCGCUUUGGUCCAGACAUUUGCAGCAUUAGUAGUUUUAACUCCAGCAAAAGAUGAACAACCACAAACACUAUUGUUAGCAUGGCUCAUUGGUUACACUUGUGGCUGUAUUAUCAGUAUGCUCCUUAGUAUGUUUUGGUGCUUACGCAUGUAUAACCAAGAAGCUGGGGAAUACCCAAGGACAAGAAGUGAUGGGGUGGUGAAGAAUAUGAAGAUGGGGCUUGAAUGUUUCUUUAUCGUGUGGUUAAUUUUGGGGAUUGUGUGGAUAUGUGAUGGCCACUCAUCUCCUUCUGAUGCUCCUAAACACUACAGGUUAUGUGUAGCCUUCAUUGUUUACAGUUGCAUCAGAUUUGCAGCUGGAUUUCUAAUUUGGUUAUGCUCAGGGAAAGAAAGUGAAGGAGGUGGAACUGUUUUCCAGGGACCGACCAAUGAUGAUGUUUCCUCUUUCGUGCUUAAUGUUUUGACUAUUUUGGUGGUACUCUGUGUGCAGUCUUGUUGCAUCUGCUUGGUGAAGUAUGGAGAAAAGGAGGGAGCAACGAGGAAACUUGAAUGCUCGCACGUCUUUCAUUUAGAGUGUAUAGACAAAUGGCUUAGAGUCAAACCCACGUGCCCUCUCUGUCAAACCCUUGUCAGGGGAUGA